CCUGCACAGCAACAUUUACAAAGGCCCAGCAGUUGCCAUAGCAAACCCUCUGGUUGCGUUCACUCUGAUCAAACGGCUUCAUUCUGAGUGGCACAAUGUAAUCUACAGCAGUGAAGCCACAGAGAAUGCACAAGCCCUCAAAUCAGGUUUUGAGGACGAACAGGCUGAGCUGCCAAAACUGGAAGACCUUCAGGGAGCUGCUGUAGGACUGAUGAGGCUCCAGGAUGUGUACAACCUCCAUGUGAGGGGUCUCGUAAAUGGUCAUUUCCAGAGGGUCACAAAUGGAAAGUGUGUUGAUAUCUACAUGCCAUCGGUGUCCGUCAACCUCUCUGGUGAUGAUUGCUUUCUGGUUGGAAAGGUGGCUUAUGAGCAGAAGGACUAUUACCACUCAGUGCAGUGGUUGGAGGAGUCGGUGCGUCUCUUCAGGGUCACAGGAGGGGAAUGGAGCCCUGAGAAUGAAGGAACUUUAGAGGAUGCUCUGGAUUACCUGGCCUUCUCUCACUAUAAAACAGGAAACAUCUCCUAUGCUCUGAGCCUGUCUCAGGAGUUACUGCAUUAUGAUCCAGUGAAUGGAAGAGUUUUAGAGAAUGUUGAAAAAUAUGAGAAGCUGCUGGUUAAAACCACACACAUACCGACCAGAGGUGGUGGGUUAAAGAGACCCACCUCCAGCUACCUCAGGACCAGGGACACUUAUGAGAGACUCUGUCAGACCCAAGGAUCUCAGCCAAUGCAUUUUGAAAACCCCAGACUAUUCUGCGACUACUUCACUAAUGGCAGUCCUGGCUUCCUCCUGAUGCCAGUAAGAAGGGAAGUGCUGAGCCGUCAGCCAUAUGUGGUUCUGUACCACGACUUCGUUACUGAUACUGAGGCAGAGGAACUGAAAAGACUCGCCCAGCCACGAUUGAGGAGAUCUGUGGUGGCGGAUGGAAUGAAACAAGCAACAGCAGACUAUCGUAUCAGCAAAAGUGCAUGGCUGAAGGACUCCCCGGAAUCUGUGGUUGCAAAACUAGACAAAAGGAUUGCCAUGCUCACCGGUCUAACUGUAAAGCCUCCGUAUGGCGAAUACCUCCAAGUGGUGAAUUAUGGGAUUGGUGGGCAUUAUGAGCCUCAUUUUGACCAUGCUACAUCACCUUCAAGUCCCGUGUUUAAGCUUAAAACUGGGAAUCGAGCAGCAACUUUUAUGAUAUAUCUUAGUUCUGUCGAGGCAGGUGGGUCAACAGCCUUCAUCUAUGCCAACUUCAGUGUGCCUGUUGUACAGAAAGCUGCCAUCUUCUGGUGGAAUCUGUACAGGAAUGGUCAAGGAGACGGCGAUACGCUGCACGCUGGCUGCCCUGUGCUUUUUGGAGACAAAUGGGUUGCAAACAAAUGGAUCCAUGAGUAUGGCCAAGAAUUCCAACGUCGCUGCAGCCUCAAUCCUGAAGAGUGAGAGGGGAGGAGCAAAAGCUGGGUGCCUUGGCUUCAGCCAGUUUGUAGAUUUCUGAGGCAGAUUUGUGGG